AUGGACCCGGCGCAUCGCAGUGCUUUGAAGCAAGCACUGGGCAUUGCAGUUGAGCUGGUGUUCCACGGGUCUGUCAUUGUCAACGGGGGCAAGCCAAAGAGGGUGUGGUCACAGGUACGCCCCCUGGUGCAAGAUGCAAUCCGGAAAGGCAUCGCGCGGUCCAGAUCAGUCAUGGCUACGUCCACCAGAGAUGGUGUUGCUGCCAUGGCAAGUGAAUGUGCCCGUGAGUCGCUCACGGCAGGAGCGUCGAACCCGGGGGAGAGGUCGGUGGCGUUGUUCAUGACUGAGAAGAGUGCUGAGGCUGUCAGAAAGUGGCUGGCUGCGAAUGGAUCCAAGAAUCAUGCAGAGCACUCGGCUUUCUGCACGGCCAUGAACAAGUUGAGCAGCAAGCUUUGCAAGUGUCGUCGCGACACAACUGCUUGUCCAAUUCACUCCGGAGCGAGCGUGACCAUCCCUGAUCUUGUCUGGUGGAGUGCUGAUGCCAUCUACGAGAGUGUGCCAUGCGCUGUGCCAACAUUUGCAGUCGCCUUGGCAGUCAGGUUCGCAAAAUCCCAGCAGCCUCAACCCAGCUCAUGCUCGUCAAUCACAGCUGCAGAACCACUUCCUGCAUUCUGCCAGUUCUUGUGUUGCAAGGAUGCUACGCCUGCCGCACAGACAGGAACCGCCGCCACAGACGCAGAUGCUGCUGAAGCAGAUGUUGUGAUGGUUCCCAACAAUGCAGCGCUGGAAGCGCUGACGGCAAUGCGGCCCGCAUACUUGCUCACAAUGAUUCCCAAAGUGCUUGGGGCACUGUCACAGAAUCCGACACGGAAGUGCCGCUUCGCGGACUGUCAAGCACAGAGUCUCCAAUCUGCUUGCAACGCGUUGCUGAAGAUAAUGGAACCGGCCAAUGCCGUCAAGGGUGACAGUGACUUGCCGGUGUCCACGCAGCUGGAGAUGUUGCUCGCGACAAUGGUGGCAGACGAAACAGAUUGGGCAACCGGGUGGAGCAAGCUUUUGACAAAGACCAUAGGGUUGGAGAUGGGGUCAGCAGGCCCUGAAGAAUUUCAGAGCAGAUUGUCAGCUCUGACUGUGGGUGAUCUCGGCUUAGAUGUGCCAGCAAAGUUCAAGUACAUGCUUGGCCGACCAGACCAACCAUCCGUGAAAGAUGAGGUUCUCAGUCCUGGACCACGAACAAAAGGCGAUGCACACCCCGGCGCUGCUUCAGAGCCAUUUGCGUGUGGCGGUUCUCUUGUUCGCUUGUCCGACGUCUAUGUCUUUACUGGCGAUGUGCCGUUCAACGUCUUGGAUGUGUUGAGCAUCCAGAUGCAGAUUUCAACGCACUUGUACGCCAAGGCGUUGUCGGCGUCAGACAAGCACAUCAUGGACAUACUCUACAUCGACUAUGCUCAGGGCACGAAGGCUGCUGUCACCAUUGACCUCAGUAAGGUCGAAGAUGCUGGAGACAAACCUCAGCCUGAGCUCAAGAUCUGGAUGUUCGGUCAGGUGGUGACGGAUAUGGGGCCCAAAAACAAUUACCCAUUGGCUUCCGGGCAGCAGCAUGUGAUCAUGUUAUGUCUUUGUAGCAAUCGCAAUGGCAUACAUGAGUCAUGA